AUGUCUAAACCCGUAGCCAUUGUAACAGGCGCCGGUUCCGGUAUCGGCGAAGCAGUAGCUACACACCUAAUUUCCGUUGGCUACAAAGUCGUCAUCGCCGACCUAAACGUCGACUCCGGCACUCGCGUAGCUACUGCCCUCGGUCCCGACGCCAUAUUCCAUCAAACCGAUGUUUCCUCCUACGAGUCACAAGCGCGGCUCUUCAAGCGGGCGUACGAAUGGGGCGGCAAUCGUCUUGAUUUCUGCCACGCGAACGCGGGGAUUGACGAUCGUCAGAAUAUCUUUGCGGGGAGGGAGGAGGAAGAAGUAGAUGAGGAGGGUUUGGUGAAGAAGCUGAGUACGAAGACUUUGGAGGUUAAUCUUGAGGCUGUGUUGCAGGGGUUAUGGUUGUUCAAGUAUUAUGUUAGGAGGAGUGAGGGGGAAGGAGCGGGAAGGGGGAAGUUUGUCGCUACGAGCAGUAUGGCGGGGUUGUACUACAUGCCACAAUGUCCCCAGUACACCGCCAGCAAAUACGCCAUCAUCGGCCUUGUCCGCGCCUCGGCCCCCGCUUUCCUCAAAGAAUCAAUCACCGUAAACGCAAUCUGCCCCGCCUUCAUCCCCACAAACCUCUGUCCGCCAGAGAUACUCGCCCGCUGGCCAAAAGAACACAUUACCCCACUGACGACGGUGAUCAAGGCGAUUGACGCUUUCCUAGGGGACGACCAGCUCACGGGCCAGGCGGUGGAGCUGUCGCAAGACAAUAUUUAUUUUAGGAAGCAGGUCGAGUAUGCGAAUGAGAGUCAGAGGUGGAUGGGCGAAGAGAGCGGUAAGAUUUGGGAUAUGGGAUAUGAGGCACCGCCCAAGAGGACGGGGUAUUAG